AUGAGUGCAUUAACGAGCAGACAAAUCGCUAAUGGUGACGUUUGUUCUGAUAAUAAUGUACUAUCACAAUACAAAGUUUUAACAUUAACAUUUAAUCAAGAUUGCACUUCAUUAACAGCUUUAGUUAGUAAUCAAUCACCUCGAAAAUUAAAAGUUUGUCAUUUUAAAAAAGGAACAGAAAUAUGUUCAUAUUCAUUUGCAAACACAAUAUUAUCUGUUAAACUUAAUCGGCAGGAAAGUAUUUAUAUUCACAAUAUGCGUGAUAUGAAAGUAUUGCAUACAAUACGUGAUGUUCCAUCGAAUAGAGAAGGUUUAUGUGCAUUAUCAUCCAAUAGCGAAAACUCUUAUUUGGCUUAUCCGGGCAGUUCAAUUAGUGGUGAAGUUCAAAUAUUCGAUACACUCAAUCUGAAAUCCGUGACAGUUAUAGCAGCACAUGACAGUCCACUAGCAGCAAUCACAUUUGAUGUGACUGGAACUAAGGUGGCAACAGCAUCGAACAAAGGAACUGUGAUUCGUGUUUUUAAUUCUGUUGAUGGUACACGUUUAUACGAAUUUCGUCGUGGUGUUAAAAGAGUAGCAACAAUUUAUUCAUUAACAUUCAGUCCAGAUGGCAUGUUUUUGGCCUCAUCUAGUAAUACGGAAACAAUACACAUAUUUCGUUUAGCUAAUACAGAAGAAAAAGCUCCUGAAGAAACAAGUUCUUGGAUGGGUUAUGUUGGUCGUGUAUUUGUUAAUGCCGCUCAUUAUUUACCAACUCAAGCAUCAGAAGUAUUAACUCAGGAUCGUGCAUUUGCUACUGUACAUUUACAAUCUCCAGGAAUGAAAACUGCCUGUGCAAUGACAUUUAUGAAUAAAAUACUGAAAUUAUUUGUUGCUGGAUAUGACGGAGUUGUUUGUGUUUAUGAAGUGAAUACUAUCGAGGGUGGUGAAUGUAAACAAAUUGGUCAGUAUCUCUUGUUUAAUAUGUCUGCAAAUAAUAACAAUAGUGGAGGGGAUACAGCAACCAACGUUACUACGACUGGACAUCGAAAUUCAAUUGAAGCUACUCGUGGAUAUUCUUCUCUAUUACAAAAUGAAACAUUACAACAACCAACAUCGGGUUUAAUAAAUUCUCCACGACCUCCAAAUCUUGACGAGGAGAAUUUUCCACGUUUGGGUUCACCUUAG